CUCUUGCGAAACUUCCGGUCACAUGAGAAAAACAGUCAACACAAGUGAGCGGUGUGUGUGUAGACUUCAAACUGUCCGACUGCAAUCUGAUGGUUGAUCAGAUUGAUUGGUCAGCUGAUGUAUUACAGACUUAAUAGCAGCUGACAUAUUAGAUUUCAACAAUGGCUUCCAAUGACUUUCCCAGCUAUGGUUCCACUGUGAGGCAGUACAGAGAUGAUCCCGACCACACAGAUUAUAGUGACAGGCCAAAUGUAUCCCGCUACUCGGAUACCUGUGACCAAGUUAGCGGCAACAUUAGCAACAUCAACAGUGGAGCCAAUUCCCUAGAGAGGGCCAUGAAGAUCAUAGGAACAGAUCGGGACAGUGUUCAGCUGAGAGACAGGAUCCAUGAUACAUCUCAGAAAACAAAGAGGAUUGUACAGGAGACAACCAAACUAAUGAAGACACUGGCAUCAAUGAGACAUCUAGAGAGGCAACAAAAAUUCAAGAUAGACAGAUUGCAGUCAGAUUUUGAAGAAGCUGUGCGACGGUUUACAACACUACAAAAGAAUGCCGCGGAGAAAGUGAAAACUUCUGUGAAGUUAUCCACACCCAAAUCACAGGACCUGUUAUCAGGAGGAUGGGAUGAUGGUGAUGAUAAGACCGCCUUUGUUGAGCAGGAGAGGAGAAGGGAGGAACUACAAGAACAGGGACAAGUCAUUGAGGAUGACUUGGCAUUGAUCAGUGAGAGAGAAGAAAGAAUAAGACAAUUAGAGGCUGAUGUAUUAGAUGUAAAUGAGAUUUUCAAAGAUUUAAAUGUUAUGAUCCAUGAACAAGGAGAAGCAGUAGAUUCCAUCGAAGCUAAUGUAGAACGGGCAUACGGCAAUGUUGAACAGGGGACAGGCCAUUUAGGCAAGGCCGCAGAAUACCAGAAAAAGUCCCGGAAGAAAAUGUGUAUUUUGGUGGUGAUCCUGGUAGUGGUAGCAGCAGUGGUAGCCAUAAUAAUUUACCUGUCCGUGAAGAAAUGAUGUCCUCGCGGUGAAUUACACUUUCUAGUGGAAACAGAAAGAGGACUGAUAUUGUUACAUCGGUGACCAUUGGUCUAGACUCUGAUCUGGACUGUGUUACAUCGGUGACCAUUGGUCUAGACUCUGAUCUGGACUGUGUUACAUCGAUGACCAUUGGUCUAGACUCUGAUCUGGACUGCAACCCCGGGCAAGGUAUACUGUACCUUAUAAAAAGUUUGGAGAGUAAACAAAACCGAACAGCUGUAGACAAAACACUCAGAUACCCCAUUAUAAUAUUAAUAUUGUGACAGUCAUGGACAUAGAAACCCUCGGAUACCCCAUUGUAUUUUACAGAAACCCUUGGAUACCCCAUGGUAUUUUACAGAAACCCUUGGAUACCCCAUUGUAUUUCA